AAUGCGGAAGUGAAUGAUAAACAUUAGCGGUCCAUGAGGAGCGAGUGUUAUUUCGGUGCGUUUGUGGUCCUAUAAGAGCAUGGUGCUGUGUUUCCUGAUCCACACCGCCUGUGCCGUGGGCGGGCUGUCCCCCGGGGAGAGCCGGGUGCUGUACUCCCGGGUGUUCGGGCCGGACGGGGCUCUGGGGGAGCGGAGCCCCGAGCAGAGGAGGCUGCUGCGGAGGGAGAAGCUGGCGGUGGUGGCGAGGCAGGUGCGGAGCGCCGUCUCUCUGUCCCGGGAGGCCUCGGGGAAGGUUCUGGUGGACGUGGGUCCGGGGGACGAGGCCCUGGCCCUGCAGGAGGCCGACGGCGGCGUGGUGCGGCUGCGGGCCGGAGAGCCCUUCCCCCAGGAGGCCAGUGCUCUGUGGCUGGCCGUGCAGAGCCUGGCCUUCACGCUGGUCUGUGAGCCGCACGAGAACCUGCUGCUGGCCGAGGGGACGCUGCGCGGCCUGACCCGGCACUGCCUGGAGCACCUGCACAUGCUGGGCCCCGGCAGCGAGGUCUUGCUGAAGAGCAGCCGCGUGGACGUCCUGCUCAGCCGCCUCCUUCCUCACGGACAGCUCCUCUUCCUCAACCACCGCUUCCUGCAGAGCUUGGAGAAGGAAACGGCGGCGUACAUGGCCAAGUGAGCCCCGGUGGGCCGAGCCCCGGUGGGCCGAGCCGCUCUCGCUGCUGUGCAGCAAACACAGCAAACACGCCGCCCGUCGUUCACCUCCGGUGACACGUCAGCGUCGGCAGCAGAGGAGCUGCUGCUGCUGCUGGAUAUCUCCCUCAGCCACUUUUGCAAUUCACCGUUUGCUGUUUACUGUGUGGGAGGCUUCACUUCAAAUCGUGUUUGUCAAAUUGAAAAGCGGAGCGGAAAACGUGGCAGAUGAGAGUGCAGCUGAAGAGGCCAGUUAAGACUCACCCGUCAGGAUCAAAGUCUGCUAUUUAUUUCAUUCGCUCUACCUGCAAUGUCGCCGUGUGCAGAGUUUAGCUCCGACGAGCCACAUUUCACCUGUUUUUUUUGGUGCAUUUUGGAGAAUUCUGGAGCUAUUAAUGAACCGUGUUGUUGCUUUAAGAGAGUUUAGCAGAAGGGGGGAAGGAGACUGGGAUUCUUCUUCUCUUUUUAUUCCACAGGAGCAGAAAUGUCACCGUUUGUGAGGGAAAUGGGAUCGGCAGGAAACAAAGAGACGAUAAUGAAGGAACACCUAACUGUCAGAGCAGAAUAAAGCAAGAAUGAUGACAAGAACAAGUGCAGGACGUGUAUCCGGAUGCACAAACAUGUAAAUAAUAUAUGAAUACUUUGUAUGUCUUGUGAAUAUUUGUUGUAAUAACCGUUUCCCUCUAAAUCCAGACUGACCAACUCCUUAUCUUUGUCAGCUUUCCCUCUCUCCCUCUCUCUC